ACUUCCCGCGGAGGGACUGUGCCGUGGCACCCGGCGGGACCAAGGAGGACGUGGAGGCCUGGGAGCAGCGGCGAUGGACGACCACAGCCUGGAGGAGUUUCGCCGGCGCUGGCAGGAGGAGCUGGCGCAGGCCCAGGCGCAGAGGAAGCGGAGGCGGCCCGAGGCUGCCGAGCGGAGGCCGCGGCGGCUAGAGGUGGCCCCCGGGCGCGGCGAGCAGGCCUCGGGGUACCUGGCGCUAGCCCAGGGUCUUCUGGAGGGCGCGGGGCGGCCCCCGGCGGCGCGGGCAACUCGGGCCGAGAGGCAGGACGCAGCGAGCCGUUCCCGCUCUCCUCCAGCCCGCGAGAGCGCGGGGGGCGGGGAGCAGCUGGUGGACCAGCUCAUCCGCGACCUGAAUGAGAUGGAUGAUGUGCCCUUCUUUGAUAUCCAACUGCCUUAUGAAUUGGCAAUCAAUAUAUUUCAGUAUCUGAACAGGAAAGAACUGGGAAGGUGUGCACAGGUGAGCAAGACGUGGAAGGUGAUUGCAGAAGAUGAAGUGCUGUGGUACAGGCUGUGCCAGCAGGAAGGGCACCUUCCAGAGAGCAGCAUCUCUGACUAUUCUUGCUGGAAGCUCAUCUUCCAAGAGUGCCUCGCCAGGGAACACAUGUUAAGAACCAACUGGAAGAAUCGCAAAGGUGCCGUGAGCGAGCUGGAACACGUUCCUGAUGCAGUUUUAUGUGAUGUGCAUUCUCACGAUGGCGUUGUCAUUGCUGGAUAUACGUCAGGGGAUGUGAGGGUGUGGGACACCCGCACCUGGGACUAUGUAGCCCCCUUCCUGGAAUCAGAGUAUGAGGACGACGAUGAACCUGGAAUGCAGCCAUAUGUCUCCUUUGUGAGGAUAAACAGCUCGCUGGCGGUAGCAGCUUAUGAGGACGGAUUUCUUUAUAUUUGGGAUCUAAGGACUGGAAGGUAUCCUAUUCAUCGUUUUGAACAUGAUGCAAGAAUACAGGCACUGGCCCUGAGCCAGGACGAUGUGACUGUCGCCACUGCUUCUGCUUUUGAUGUCGUAAUGUUAUACCCUAAUGAAGAGGGAUACUGGCAAAUAUCUGCAGAAUUUGAAGUUCAGAAACUGGUUGACUACCUUGAAAUAGUCCCAGAUACUGGAAGGUACCCUGUGGCAGUAGCUACUGCUGGGGAUCUGGUAUACCUGCUAAAAGCUGAAGACUCUGCCAGAACUCUCCAUUACGUCUACGGCCAGCCCGUCACAUGUCUAGAUGUCUCAGCCAACCACGUUGCUUUUGGCGUAAAGAGUCUGGGAUGGGUGUAUGAAGGAAACAAGAUCCUGGUGUAUAGCCUGGAAGCAGAACGCUGCCUCUCAAAGCUGGGGAAUGCACUUGGUGACUUCACUUGUGUCAACCUCAGGGACAGCCCUCCCAACCUGAUGGUCAGUGGCAACAUGGACAGAAGGGUGAGGAUCCAUGACCUCCGCUCCGAUAAAAUCGCCCUGUCUCUCUCUGCCCACCAGCUUGGGGUCUCUGCAGUCCAGAUGGAUGAAUGGAAAAUUGUCAGCGGAGGUGAAGAAGGCCUGGUCUCUGUGUGGGAUUACCGGAUGAACCAAAAGCUGUGGGAGGUGCAUUCUAGACACCCUGUCCGCCACAUCUCGUUCAACAGCCACAGCCUCAUCACAGCCAAUGUGCCCUACGAGAGGGUGGUGCGCAAUGCCGACCUGGACACCUUCACCACGCACCGGAGACACCGGGGGCUGAUCCACGCCUAUGAGUUUGCAGUGGACCAGCUGACCUUCCAGAGCCCUCUUCCCAUCUGCCGCUCCCCCUGUGACACCAUGGCCGGUUACAACUAUGACCUUGCACUGGCUUUUCCCUAUGACCAUAGUUAGGGAAUUGCCUUCUUUGGGAGCAGGGAGAAAUUAUGGGAAUAACCAAUUCGCUGCAUCUUAAAACGACAGGGAGGCACUGCCUAGGGUGCACAUGAGCAACAGCACACAUUCCCACACUGCCUUCACUGUUCUCUGCCCGACUCUAGAAGCUGGAGUUUGCCGUGGCUGAUUUCACCGUCCUCUAUUCUCUCUCCCCUGGCUUUGAGUACAUACAUGGAUGACUCAGAUUUAACCUCCUUCCUCUGUGCACUCCCACCCUGAUACCUUUUCCAGCUCAGUUCAGCCUGUCUCAGGAGUGACACCCUACCCAUCUUGCCAGGCUACUGUAGUUGCAGGACUUUGCUGCAGCUCUUCCGAUGAGCUCCAGGAGGAUCCCUGUUCAGCAAAGCUCCUGCCCUGCUGGCCAUCUUCCCAGUCUUCAAACUCUUCCCUCUUUAGGAGCCUUUUGGUGUGUUGGUCUCUGGGCCUACAAGGCCCCAACACGCACCUGUCCUCUGGAUCACAGAUCAAGUAUUUACUCAGGGUAGACUUCUUUGGCACCCCCACCCCUGGCAUGACCCAAUAUAAACCUGGUAGAACAGUAGUACUUUUUCUUCAUAGCUUUUACCCUGGUUUAUAAUCACAGUAGCCCCCCUUAUCCACAGGGAUACUUUUCCUGAAACCAUGGCUAGUAGUGAACCCUGUAUCUACUGUUUUCCUGUACAUACAUACUGUACAGCGUGGAUAUGCUAGACAGAGGGAUGAUUCACAUCCCAGGCUAUUCAUGCUACUGCUCAGAACGGCACGCAACUUAAAACUUAAAUUGUUUUUUUCUGGAAUGUUCCAUGUAAUAUUUUCAGGCCACGGAAAGAGACCAUGGGUAAGUGAAACUGCAGAUAAGGGAGGAGGACUACUGUGUAUAUUUACACAAAUAUUUCAGUUAUUUUGCUUACUACUGUUGGGUCCACAAUAUGUGAUACAAAGUAAUUAUUUUCUAAAUACUCAUCAACUAAAUAGCCAUCUUCCAUAUGGGAUGGAAGGUGAUUGAUUCUACAGGAGGAAUCAUGAUCUUAAACCACUAAGAGAAAACAGGACAACAUGCAAGAACUGUUCAGCUUGAUAAAUAGCUUACAUUUCCAAAGUAUUAAGAAAGCAAGCCAUUGCAUUACUGUUGAUUAAACAGCACCAUCCACCUAAUAUAUCCUCAAAACAUAAAAAGCAAAAAGUGGGGCUGGCCGGUUAGCUCAGUUGGUUAUAGAGGUAACACCAAGGUCUAGGGUUCCAUCCCUGUACCAACCAGCUGUCAAAAAAAGAAAGAAAAAAAAAUACUGAUAGAACUUCCAAGGAGAAACAAAAUCCAUACUUACUUCAUGGUGGGUGAUCAACAGAUCAAAUCAGGAGAAAAUAAUAUUUGUAGGAUCUACUUAGUAUAAUUAGCAAGCUAGAUCCAAUAGAUGUGUAUGGAAUUUUGUACCUUUUCAAAUACCCAUAGACCAUGCUCAAAAAGACCAUGUAUAAAGACCACAAAGAAAAUCUCAGACUGCACAAAGAGUGAUACCACACAGGCCAAAUUCACUGACCCCUGUGCGGUAUAACUAGAAACAAGCAAAAAGCAAAGUAAUGAAAUAAAACCAUACACCUGGGAAUUGCAUACACUCCUGAAUUAACUUGGAUUUAAAGAGGGGAGUAAAAACAGAGAGUUUAAACUUUGGAGACCAGGAUGACAAAUGAAAGUACUGAAUAUCCAAACCCAGGGGAGGAGGCAAGAAGGGGACAGAGUUGUGCCUUCAAGAGAAAACAAGGCAGACAGAAGAUAGAUGAACUCAGCUUUCUACUAAAAGGUAACAUGAUCCCAAAGAAAGAAGGAGUUAAAUAAGAGCAAAAGCAGAUGUUAAUGAAAUAGAAAACAACAAAGUUAAUAUAAAGCCAAAAGCCAUUUUUUGAAAAGACAGAAUAUACAACUCUUAAUAAAAAAGGCACAAGGGACUAUUAGGAACAGAGAAGGCCACAGAAUAAGUACCUUCAGUGUGGGAAUAGUUUGCCCACACUAAUCCAAUAGUUGAAAAACAAGGCUUUUCUGCACCCAAGUGAAUAUCGUUGGGAAGUGCCUGCCCUUACUCAAAGGCCUAGAACCUUUGAGUCAUGGGGGUCUGGGGAGUUUUUUCAGAUUGCUUCAGAUACUCAGUCAUUAAACAGCAAUCUCCAACUAGAUAGGAAAGCGGAGCCAGAUGAAGAGCCGCGACUGGGAAAUGUCACUUCCCACACAGAGAGUGCUGCUUUCUUUCAGACUGCCUUCCUGUUGAGGCAGCUUGUCCAGAUGGGUUUUUACUUCCUUUCAACCAAAUGACUUCAUGAGUGAGCCAGCCUGCAGUUAGCACACAAAGUAUUUUAUUGACUCCCAUUGUCAUGUGAUGGUCUGACCCCGUUACCUUGCUUUGUAAGGUUUUCAUCAAGCCUGUACCCUUUUUCUCUUAUGGUCUUAAUGCAGCUGGACCACUGGGGAAAAAAACUUUUAGUUUCAAGAAGUGGCCCCUUCCAGUUUGACUUCACAGUUCAUUUUGCAGAUACAUUCUUCCUUCCUGGCUUUGCAGAAUUAGACCCAGAAAAUUUUACUAUGAUUAAAAAUAGUUUUAAACUAUUGUUUUUCACUACCAACAGUUGGUCCAGUGUAAAAACAUUACAAGCACAGUUUUCCCCCAAACCGUUUAUAGCAUAUCUCCCAUUCAUGAAAAUUGCCUGGGUUUGGGGAAGUUUAUUAGACCCAAACUAUAAUCUUCAAGCAUGCUAGCCUUAAUCAGUGUUUUCUGCUAUAAACCUGAACAUCCUGGAAUAAGUCACCAUUUACCCAAUGAUUAAAAAAAAAUCUUGGCCCAUGUCUAUCCCCUUCUGCUCACCCACCUUUAUUCCCAUUGGCUUUUUGAGGGAGCUUCUUUGUGAGUUCUGAGUUUUUAGUGAAUUUUUAUCACCUACUUUUUCUUCUUUAGCUCUUAUACUCUUCCACCUGUGGUCUCCCCUUAAGUAAGAAGAGACUCAUAUGCUGCCAGGUGAGCCUGCAGGCAAAACACUAGAAGCUCUAUGUCUUAUUUCAAAAUGUUGUAUGACUUGCUUUCUACUUCAUGUAUCCAUAAUUGUUCUAAUAUUAAAUUUUGGAAUUUA